CAUCCCUCAUCGCGUCAAGUUAUCCUUUCCACCCUUCAUCAUACUUCUAUUGCUUGUCGCCGAGUCUCAAACUCGGCAAUUAUUGUAGCAAUGCCUCGACCUGCUCCCGUCCCUCGAGCACGGACGGUAUGCCAAAUCUGUGAUUCGGUCGUCGGCCGUCGCUCAUACUCUACAAACCCCACAUUGAAACCUCACAAUGCCGCUGCUAGGCCUCGAACUCAAAUACAAAGAAGUAUCUUGAAGACAAAUGCAGUCCAGAAGCGCCUGCUAGUCUCAGGUAUAUUCCCAACUGAAAAGCCCAGUGCCAGUUCCACAUAUACUCGCAGUACUCUGGCUGAAGAUGAUAACAAAAUUAAACCAACACCUAAGAAAGCAAGAGAGGAACUGUCAUCUGUCACAAAUAUGAUGACGUAUAUCGAAAGAAGCAAAUCCAAAGUGCUCACAAAUCGAGGUAUACCAUCGGAAGCAGACGUGGACACAGCUCUCCAAGCGUGCUGGGUCGUAGCGGAUUACAUUAUGGACGAUACUGUACAACCACAAAUCACCCAUAUGGUGAAUGAGCUCGACUCGACUGCAUCCGAACUUCUGUCGUUAGAUCGCACAAGCAAUUCUCGCCCUUCUAAGUCACCAGAAACCCCCAGCAUCAGCAUGACGGCCCAGGUCAAACAGAUCACUGACAAGAUAUCUCAUAACGCUUAUGCGGUAAUAUCUCACCCACCUGUCUUCAUCACGCCUAAGCUGCUUGAGAAAUAUGUCAAAGUUCAAGCCCGUCUAGGAAAACCGGAAACGCUCCCUAGAGUGUUCCAGAUGUAUGCGUCGAAACCUAUGCCCCGCGAAUCUAAAGGAUCAAUCAACUACGUAAAGCAGAAUCCGAACAAGGUAGCAAAUGCCAUCGACCCAGCGGUGAUCGAGAAGGCGCUAGACACCGCGAUUGAAAAUAAGAAUCUAGAUGCGGCGGUUGCUAUUAUAGAAAACAGUUAUGCUACGAAGGCCUUUGUUCGAAAUAAGCUCUUGCGCAAAGGCCUAGUACCAGGGGGAACAUUGGCGGCGACACCAGUGGCAGCUUACCUCUUGGCUACAAGUUUCUCUAAUAUACAAAACACCAUGGACGCCACAUUUGCGACCAAUAUAGCAUUUGCCGGAAUUUUAGCCUACGUAGGUUUCACGGGUUCCCUCGGUAUGGUUGCUUUGACGACAGCCAACGACCAGAUGAAUCGUGUCACCUGGGCUCAGGGAGUGCCUUUACGAUCGCGAUGGAUAAGGGAAGAGGAGAGAGCGGCGUUAGAUAAGAUCGCUUGCGCGUGGGGUUUCCAAGAGAAAUGGCGUCAAGGCGAAGAGGAAGGGCCGGAUUGGGAUGCCUUGCGGGAGUAUAUUAGUACGAAGGGCAUGGUCCUAGAUCGAACCGAGCUGAUGGAAGGGAUGGAAUAGUAGAUCUAUGAGACUAAUAAUACUCCCGAGAUCUACCUACAUGACAAGUAGCACGAGAUAACGACUCCACUAGGGGCAUCAUACUAGACGAAAUGACGACUAUGUUCAAGGAUCGAUUUUCGCCAAGGAGUUGACCAACGAGGUUGUUUCACUCCAUCGGACGUGAGAAGCCAGAGAAUUUGGUGUGCGGAUUGUGGGAACCGUCUGAAUGAGAGGUCAUGAUCUAGUCUCCCGUCUCGGUCUUGAGUCGAGAAUCCACUGGCUCUUCCAGCCCAGG